AGUGAAGUCUUUAUUAACACUUUUCAUAGGGUUGUGCUCCAAAAAUAAGUUAAAAUAUAUUCUGCGUUUUCGAGAAAAUUAUUGUAAAAUUCUACAGAAAAGUUUUAUUUAUUGAUUGUUCUAUUUUCCAGUCGUAUAUGUCCAUCCAGAACUUACAAAAAUUUGACCCCUUUGCUGAUGCAAUUAAGGGUGCUGAUGAUAAUGUUCAAGACGGUCUUGUUCAUAUAAGAAUUCAGCAAAGAAAUGGUCGUAAAACAUUAACUACAGUACAAGGCCUUUCAUCAGAAUACGAUUUAAAGAAAAUUGUCCGGGCAUGCAAAAAGGAAUUUGCUUGCAAUGGAACUGUAAUUGAGCAUCCUGAGUACGGUGAAGUAUUACAAUUACAAGGUGAUCAAAGAGAAAACAUAUGUCAAUGGUUGACAAAAUCUGGGUUAGCUAAAUCUGAUCAAUUAAAAGUUCAUGGUUUCUAAAUCUUUAAUACUUAUUAAUUUGUUGAUAUAAAUUAACUAUAUAAAAUAUAAUAGUAAUAGAAAUAAUAUUAAUAUUACUCAUAUUAAUAACAAAAAAAAGAACAUAUUUAAUAUAACGUAAUUUCAAUAUUUUCUUUAUAUUUUUCAAAUAGCUUAUUUUAAAUUGUUUUUUUUUUUUAAAUGGUAAAAAUGAUCUUAAUAAGGACGAUAGAGAAUUUAAUAUCAGAUAAUUAUUGUAUAACAAAUAAAAUUCGAGCAAAAUUUAAAUGUAUUUUCUAGCUUUUGUAAAAUUUAUAAUAAUUUUUAAAUUAAUUCUCUGACUAGAUUUUUAAAUUACAAAAUAAAUUCUCUUCCACAAAAACAUUUUUUUUUUCGUUUUCUUUUUCCUUUCUAAAGGAAGUUCAUACAAUUUGAAGGUAAUAAUUUAUAACAGUUAAAAUUUAUA